AUACAUGUAGUUGUAUACAUAAUUGUAACUGGAAGUUCCUACGGCUAUAGAGCAUUCUCAUAACUUAUUUCACUAAGAGAUAUAUCGCGGCGAGAAUUUGUCAAAGAAAUUAAUAGAUAUAUAGGCCUACUUCAUUGGUGUGAAUGAUGGCUGCCAGCACCAGUGCAUACCACACUGAAGCCAGCACUUUUGCACAAUCGGAAUGGGAAUCGAACAAUAAUUUAAGUCAAGCUUAUUUGAACCACGAAGAUGGAUUGGUGAUCGUCAACUGGGAACUGAGCGAGGGCACUGUCGAUAAUAAGAGAAGAAAAACGAGUGGUACAUCGUCUUUGAACGGGACGACGAAGGCCGCGUCGACGUCGUAUCCUUUUAUCUGGUUACGGGACUUCUGUCACUGUGAGCAGUGUUUCGACGAGGCAUCAGUGACGAAAAAAACAAAUCUCCAAGAUCUUGACCUGGAAAUCGGAAUCAAACAAAUCUCGGUUAGCGAAGAUGGUAAACAAAUAAUGAUAACGUGGAGAGACGACCAUGAAAGCGUUUACCCAUCCUCCUGGCUCUGGUGCAGCCGUUUCCAUGACAGCGCUCCAGAUCCCUUUAUGGAUCUCGCACCAGAACUUUGGCGGGCUGAUGGAAUACCAGGUCGUCUGCGCGUAUUUCAAUUUGACGAACUACUGACGUCAAACCAAGCACUUUAUGAUUGGAUGAAAGAAAUCAAAGUUCUUGGACUUGUGCUGGUGAAGAAUGCUCCUGAACAUAAAGAAGCUUUGAGUCAGCUUGGAAAGAGGGUGGGAUACCUUAAAGCAACAAAUUUUGGAGAGGUUAGUUCAGUGUAUGCGCCUACUGAUCCAAAGAACCCUAUUUACACCGCGGGCAAUCUCUACUUUCAUACCGACCUUACGUACUACCAUCAACCGCCUGGGAUCGAGUUACUACACUGCAUAAAACAAUUUGAAGGGGUUGGUGGUGACAGCACCUUAGUCGAUGGCUUCAAUGCAGCGAGACAAAUGAAGGAGGUUGACCCGGAAGCAUUUAAUGUCCUCUCAUCAUACGAUGUCGAGUUCUACCAGACAGGGUUGAUGGGCCCAGGAAGGUAUUUCCAGAUAGCCAGGAAUAAAAUAAUUCGUUUGGAUGAUGAUGGCGAACCGAUUCAGAUCUCCUACAGCAAUCAUUCCAGAACGUCAAUACUCCGUAUGCCGCCCAAGGAGGUGGCUUUAUUCUACCGAGCGAUGAAACUAUUCACUGAUCUUCUCUAUCAUGAAAACAACAUGUAUACAUACAAGAUGGAAGCUGGUGAUAUUAUUGUGAUCAAUAACUUCCGAGUGUUACACGGACGUAAGGGCUUUGAGAUGAAGAAAGGUUCUGAGAGAUAUCUUGCCACGGCGUAUCUGGACUGGGAUCUGGUCUACAGCAGAAUGAGGGUCUUACACCGGCAAUUGGAUAUCUGAGGCAAUCAUCAAUCAUCAUUGCGGAAUUCUGUUGAAAUGAAAAUAGAGUGUGGUGUUAGAGACGGUCAACACCGCGGGUUUGAA